GAACCGCCAUCCCGACGCCGUCAACAGGCCGUCGUCGAUCUGACCGGUGAAACUGAGUCGGAAUCUGACAAUGAUGUGGUGCCCAUCUGUCCGAAAUCAAGGUCUGUCAUAGGGUCGGAGACCGACGAUGAAGAAGAUGAGGACAUGAAGCGAGCCAUCGCGCUCUCCUUGCAGGAGUCCAAAGCAGCUCAGGAUCCCUCCUCUGCGAAUGAUGCCACUCAAGCUGAACCAGCUAGGCCGAUCGGUAUCUUUGGGCUCGAUCGGAAACAGAUGGAACAAGAGCGUCUUGCGCGACUUGCGAAACGGAAAGCUGACGACACAUCAUCACUCAACGAGCGUGAAUCCAAAUCCUCAAAGAUUGAAGCGGCUCCCACCCCUCGUGUGAGCAAGCCCGUCCAGGGCAGCCAAAACGCGAGUGUCACCAUCGCCAGUGCCAGUGCGCUGACAUCCUCACCUCUGCAAUAUCCGGAAGGCGUGGUCAAAAAGACAUGGGCGUCUGGCUUUCCACGACAGGGCGAUGAUAUCAAAAUCGAAGAGGUGUUGCAAAAGUCCGAUCUAGAAUUAGCAGUAUUGAGCUCGUUUAUGUGGGAUUUGGACUGGCUAUUCUCCAAGACUGACACAAGAAGCACACGCUUUCUCCUGGUGAUGCAAGCCAAGGACGAUGCGACUAAACGCCAGUAUGAAUCAGAGGCAGCAGCCCUACGCAAUGUGCGACUUUGCUUUCCUCCGAUGGAUGGCCAGGUGAACUGCAUGCAUUCGAAGCUGAUGCUACUUUUCCAUCCUACAUAUGUUCGAAUCGCAGUGCCAACCGCCAACCUGACCAACUAUGACUGGGGCGAGAUGAACGGGGUCAUGGAAAAUAGCGUCUUCCUGAUCGACCUUCCGAAAAUCGACGUUGAGAAGCAGGAGUGUCCUACGACGGCAUUCUAUGAAGAUUUGGUAUACUUUCUGAAAGCCUGCACUCUACAUGAGAACAUCAUUGCGAAGCUGAAGAGCUUUGACUUCGCGAAGACUGCCAAUUAUGCAUUUGUCCAUACAAUCGGGGGCGCACAUACAGGAAUUGCGUGGGAGCGCACGGGCUACUGCGGUCUUGGGCGUGCAGUAGAACGCAUGGGUCUGCGCACGUCCAAACCAUUGAACAUCGACUUUGUCACAUCCUCCCUCGGAUCUCUCACCGACGACUUCCUCAGAUCCAUAUACCUCGCCUCCCAGGGAGACAGCGGAAUAACCGACCUAACCCUCCGCACGUCCAAAACCUCCCCCGCAAGACACCUCACCGACCCCACCACCCUCGUCCCCCACCACACAGCCUCAGAAUGGAAAGACGACCGGCUCCGCGUCUACUUCCCCUCGCAAGCCACCGUCGCUGCCUCCAAGGGCGGGCCCAACUGCGCGGGCACGGUCUGCUUCCAGUCCAGAUGGUACGAAGGCGCCAAGUUCCCGCGCCACGUCCUCCGCGACUGCGAGAGCCAACGCCGCGGAAUGUUGAUGCAUAAUAAGAUACUCUACGUCCGCCCCGAUGAACCCAUCCCGCUCGCAUCGCAGGGUAAGAGCCAUCUAUGUCGAGCGUGGGCGUAUGUCGGAAGUGCAAAUCUGUCAGAAAGUGCAUGGGGACGUCUCGUGCUCGAUCGCACCACCAAACAGCCCAAACUCAACUGUCGCAAUUGGGAGUGCGGGGUCCUGGUCCCCGUUUUGGAGAAUCCGCGUAACAAGUCAGACGCUGGUGGGAAAAGCAGCACCAGCAGCACCAGCAGCAGCAGUGCUUCUCCCUCGCAGGCACCGCCACCAACACGGAACGACGAGGGGACAGGCGGCGGCUUGAUGGACUUGUUUGCGGGGACAGUGCCCGUGCCGAUGCGUGUGCCGGGGCGAUACUACUACGGAGGGCGGAAGCCGUGGUUCUUCUCGGAAGGUUGAUUAGGGAUGCUUCGAGUUGGAGACUUGAGCCUAUAAUCCUUCCCCACAGAAAGGGGAGAUUAAAAUCCGUUUUCGGCACCUGUCUAGCUUCAUGAGAUUACGAUCUUGCAAUGUUUCAGCACGAUAUUAACAAGAAUGGCACAUACUAGUAUU